AUGGGUCUCCUCAUCUACACUUUGGUCGUCAUGUGCGGCGGUAAUCCUCUCCACGAUGCGUUUGGCUUUCGAUACUGGAAAGACCCUGGGCCCUUGGCUGGCAACACCCCAACAACCCGUCUUCAAGCAUUCGUCAAUGCCGUGAAUGUCGUGGGGUUCAGUAUGGGUGUUCCCGAGUAUCUUUCUAUGAUUGCUGGGGAAGCGAAGGAUCCGAGGAAGGUUGUUCCGAGGGCGUUCAAGACGCUGAUGUGGCGGUUGAUGAUAUUUUUUGUUGGGGGUGGGAUUUGCGUUGGGAUCUUGCUUCCUUCAAACAACACUGAAACCAGCGAUGGUGAAAACUACGCCGGCAAGUCGCCAUACGUCAUCUCCAUGCAAAACCUCAACAUCCCCAUCCUCCCCUCCAUCGUCACCGGCGCCCUCAUCAUCGUCAUCAUCUCCGCCGGAAACGCAUUCACCUUCAACGCCUCUCGCUCCCUCCAUGCCCUCGCUCUGGAUGGUAAAGCGCCCAAGGUGUCGAGGAGGUUGAAUAAGAAUGGAGUACCGUGGGUGGUGGCAGUGUGCACGGUUGGGGGUUUUGACUUGUUUGUCGUACGGUCGUACCUGGCGCUUGGGUCGAAUUCGAAGGUGGUUUUGAAUUGGAUUUUGAACUUUUGUACGACCGCUGCCAUGUUUAACUGGUGUGUCAUGGCAUUCACAUGGAUCCGGUUCGACAAGGCCAUGAAAGCCCAAGGUGUCGACUGCCUCGCCCUCCUCCCAGCACCUUCCAAGCUCCAACCCUACGCCGGUUACUGGGUAUUCUUCCGGGCAUUCUUGUUUCUGUGGAUUCAGUGGAUUCAGGGCUACUCGUGGGACGUGGCCACAUUCAUCUUCAACUAUGGUGUCAUCGCGCUAGCCGGGGGGAUGAAGAUCUUUGCGCGAACGCCUUUUCAGAAACCGCUCAAUGUUGAUCUCGAGACCGACUUGGACCUUUUCGACGCCCUGACUGAUUAUUAUCAGCAGCAGAAGGAUGAGGGGCCACCUGCCACGUUGAAAGAUAGGAUUCUGGAAAAGCUCUUCUGA